AUGGGGAAAAGCAUUGGAUCGAUGCACUCUGCCUUCCAACUACUUAAGCUGACGGCUGUCAAAACACUGCUGGCCGCCGCACUUAUCUGGUUGGUGAUAUUCCAGUACUGUCGAUAUCAGUUCUGGCGGGACCCUCACUCUGCCUUUUUCAACGACCGAGCUGGUGUAUAUGAUUUGGGGUAUAGUCUGAGUCGAGAGCGAGAGGCACACCACUUCAUUACUAGGAAUAAUGCGCGUGUAGAGCCGCCUGCUUCCAUCAAAGGCGGCACGGAUCCGUUGUUCUGUGUUGCGUUUGUGACUGUCCGGAGAGAGGCAGAUGACUAUUUCGACCCGUCUAUUGGAUCUCUUCUCGUAGGACUUGAUCCACGAGAAAGACGAGCCCUUCAUCUUCACAUCCUCUUCGCCGAUACGGACCCGAAGAGACAUCCGAGUUGGGGCCAAAUAUGGGUUGACCGGCUUGCGGAUGUCGCAGAGACCUACAAUGUUACUGCGAGUCAGUUGGAACAUCUCAAGAAACUGGAAAAGGAAAGGAAUUUUUAUGAAAAAGGAGUGUUCGAUUAUGUAUACGCCUUGAAUUCCUGCAAGAAAUCCAACGCCCCGUACACCGUGGUAUUUGAGGACGACAUCAUCAUCGCGGAGGGCUGGAUGGCAAAGUCGCUAAGAGCAUUAGCCGACAUCAAGCGAAUGCCGUUGAACAAACGACCUUGGAUAUACCUUCGCCUCUUCUACACAGAAACAGCUCUGGGGUGGGAGUCGUCUGACUUUGCCUAUAGAAACAUGCCUCUUGUCUUUGCAACUGCCAUGCUAUUCACUUUCUCCUGUCUGACCGUCGUCCGCCGACUACGCUCCUAUCGUUCCCUGAUCGACUUCCCUACCACUCUGGCAAUAAGCGUGAUCUGUGUCCCAGCCUUUAUUGCCCUUGCGUAUAUGGUCGGAAAAUACUCGUUAUUCCCUCUCCAUGGAGUUGCAGAGAUAGCUCCAUACGGUUGUUGUACGCAGGGAAUGGUGUUCCCCCGGGAUCAGGUCGAUGGUCUUAUUGCCUAUCUUCAAAAGAGAGGCCAUGGACAGACGGAUACUAUGAUAGAAGAGUAUGCGGAAGAAAGCAAACUAACGAGAUAUGCUCUUAUUCCGCAACAGCUGCAGCAUGUCGGGCUGAAAUCUAGUCGUGAUAACACCGAACUGAAUGCGCAGAGUACUUGGGCUUUUUACUUUGAGCAGAAUGUACCGAAGCUACUAAGGAAGGAGCAUGAUGAGAUAUUACAGGAUAGGGAGAUUGGAGCACUUUUGGAUAAGCAUGGCGCAGGUAAAUAG